UGCGUGCGCAUGACUAUAUUUGUGCAAAUGUAUAUGCGUAAGCUGUAAGCCAAAGAAGCACAUUUUCUUGGUAAGUCGGUAAGCUUCGCAUUCUCAAUCACCGCUUAUCUAUAUAAUCAGGAAAACAAGCAGUCAUGGGCGUGGAAGUCGAGGUUCUAUCUCCCGGAGACGGACAAACAUACCCUAAAACUGGACAAAUUGUUGUUGUUCAUUACACAGGUACUCUUUCCAAUGGGAAAAAAUUUGAUUCAAGCAGAGACCGUGGAGUGCCAUUCAAAUUUAAGAUUGGAAAAGGAGAAGUGAUCAAAGGAUGGGACCAGGGAGUUGCACAAAUGUGCGUUGGAGAGCGAGCUAGGCUAACUUGUUCACCAGAAGUUGCAUAUGGUGCAAGAGGACAUCCUGGCAUUAUUCCACCAAAUGCAACUUUGAUCUUUGACGUUGAACUCCUAAAGGUGGAAUAAAGCAACAGUUAUUAUGCACGGAACCAACCAAACUAAUUUUAUCUUAGCACCUGACAUUUAACAACGCUUAGAAUUUCAUUGAGUGCUUUUACAACAAGCAGUCUUAAGACAGAUGGCAUAUUAUACAACUUAUAGUUCAUUCAGUUGCUUCUUACACCAAAAAAGAUUAGAAAAAAAUAUGAAGUCAAGCUGUUGCAAUAAGACAUUAAUUUUUUUUCGAUGAAAGUGUCUAGAAAUAUUUGUACAGUCAGGCGUCUCAUGGAAAAUAGAUUUUAUAAAAGUAGAAUAUUGGAGUCUUCUCUAUACAUAAGUGAUUGAAUCAGAAUGUACUAAAAGCAUUUGGGAAUUUUCAAUAUUUGUGUUCAUUCCACUCACUUAGUAUUUGAAAACUUAAUACUAUCAUUACCUUAACGUUUUGUAUGGAUUUUACAUAUGCUAUAAAAUAUUUGCAUUAUUCAUAUAAUCUUCAAUAUUCAUGUGACCAAAUCAAUAAAUACUUUCUUCUGUGAAAAA